AAAAGAAAUCACUAGAUAAAUGAUGUUUUUAUACAUCUAUAUUGUUAUUCUCUUAGAGAUGCCAGCAGUUCUGGGAGUGAGUUUUGGUCGAGGUCAAAAGGCUUUGCUUAAGGCAGAGGGGAAAACUGUGUAUCUGCCCUGCAAUGUGACGAGUCGGAGCUAUAUCCAUUGGUACCAAAUGAAAGAUGGUGUAGCCCCAUCGAGGCUGCUCUAUAUCAAUCCAAGAGGUGGUGUCACCCGUAAUAACAAUAACCCUCAAGCAAAUGAUUUCUCCGUGGACAAAACAAAGCUUUAUGAUCUAAAACUGGGUGACACUCAGAAGAUUCAUACUGCUGUUUACUUCUGCACCUACUGGGACUCAAGCAGCCACAGUGACUGGAUCAAAAGAUUUGGAUCUGGAACACGGCUGAUUGUAACCGAAAGAGGAAAUGACCAAAUCAAGCCACCAAAGUUGUCUGGAUACCUACCAUCGAAAAAAGACAACCACGGCAGACAGACAAUGUUAUGCCAGGCUAGAGGCAUGUUUCCUAACUUGGUGAAAUUUGAGUGGAAAAAAAAAGAUGGAGGACAAUGGAAUGAUCCAGGGGGAAACACUGUGGAGCAAAAUAACGAAGGUUCAGAGGUCACUGUGACAAGUAUGUUGAUUAUGGAUAAAGACAAGGUCAAAAACGACGACUACAGAUGCACUGUUACCCAUGAAGGAAAAUCUCAGAAUCUUGAUAUCAAGAUAGAAAACAGUAAGCCGGCAGAGGAAUCUAAACCUGAUAAAGCUGAUGUUCGGACAUCCUACAUCGGAUGUCCUACAUCCAGCACCAAGGAGCCCAACAUAAUGCAAAUAUCAGGAGAUUCAGAGCAAAUUCCAAGCAUGUCCCUGUUUGUCUAUGCAUAUGGAGUCAUGCUCGUGAAGAACGGUUUAUUUUUUUGCAUUGUGUCUAUAUUUCUAUUACAGAGAAAUGCUGGAAAGAAAGACAAAAAAAGCUCAGAGACUUAAUGCAUAAGAUAAAUAUCAAGCAAGCAAAGGUUUAUUACAUAAAGCACAUUUUGCUAACUAAAGAAUAGAUGCAUAUCCGCAGCAAUAUUAUCUCUGCGCAAAUGUAUGGCUUUUAAAUUUGUUGUAGAUCCGCUUUGCACAAUUUAUUUUUGAAUCUUUAAAAUGAAUUAUUUUGAUUAAAAAAAUGUAUAAAAUUUAAAAUGUUUUGUUCUCCCAUUGUAAUGCUUUUGUUGCAUUCUCUGAAUUUGUCGAAUAAAAUCUGCUCAUGAAAUGAAUGUUA